AUGCGUUCGACAGUUUUUACAAGAGGUCAAAGGCGCGCCAGAAAUCUUUCUAAUGAAGAUACGGGCUUACCGACCGGCGUAUGGACAUCCAUCGGCGGUCGCAGGUUUAUUGAUUAUGCAUGGAUUCAAGAACAACUGGAGAGCGAAUAUCCAACUUACGUCCACAACAUUAUACAGACAUACUGUAGCAUUGACGAUGCAGGAAAUGAUGCAACUGCACCCAGCCAGAUGCCUUAUGUCCCCAUUUCAACAAUAAGGCCAACGAGAGGCUACUAUUCCUUACUGAAGCAAGUGUUUGAAGAAGAGGCGGCAGCAGACCCGGAGACGCUCAUCAAGGACUUUAGAGCCGCUGUGGAGGAAGGCGCGGUGUCGGAGGAUUCAGCUAUGAGACUGGUUUUAUUACAUGUCAUGAUGCUGAAUACAUUCAACUUGACAAUGGCCAUAUCAUGCGAGGAGCUUGGACCCAAUAUCAAACAGGCUCGGGAGCUGAUGCGCUCCUAUUGGGUGAAUACUCCGUUUGGAAUACCUCCACUAUUGAUUCAUUCACUAUUGGUUAUGGCACCAAAUGGAAUGUUCUUGGAGCGGUGUCUGGGCAAGUUGCCGGAGCCGGACACCAACUGCUACGACAUGACCAGUGAGGUAUGGAAGGUUACUCUCUGGUGUCUUCAACGAUACAAAGGUGCGCAAACCAGACUAGUGCAACAUGGUCUUUCCUGGCCUUUCCGACCAAUUGCAACGUAUUGCGCUUCGUUUGGGUCGGUUUUCGGAGCGGUUAACCCUCAAUAUCUGAGUACCCCUGGUGGGUUAUUAAUGAGGCUUCUUUUGGAAGCUUUGGACGAGGGACGGACAUUGACGGCGGCCGAUUCACUUCAUUUUCUAAGUUUGCCGUUGCCUAGAGAAUUUGCAUGUUUCUUUAUUAAAUUAUUAUCAAAUGGUCUACUGCCCACGGAGACAGUGGCUGUCCAGUACCACGAGACGGAGUUUAUGAUCCGGUCCUUGACAACUAUCUUGCUGGAGAAUUACGUGAACAUGAAUAGAGUCGUACCGCACCAUCUGGUGAAACGCUACUGCGCUUACGUCUGCAGCGAUGCGUACAGGCCCAGCAAUGAGCCAAGCAACAGGUUGUCUCAUCUUUCCUUCAAGCGGUUCAAGGAACUUGUGGAUAACUUCGGCACCAUCGUUGACGCAUACGAAGUACGCUUGAACCACGUGGUGGAGAGGGGUAGGAUUGUGCCGCUCCCGCGGCUUCUUGUGCCGCCGGCGAGUAUCCCGCCACUCGUGAAGCCGUCUGUACCGGAUUCGUCGUUCGUUAAGUUCGAGGCAUCUCCUCCCGGUGUCGAGUCGGACACGCCGGACGUGCCCAUGAAGGAACAGUCGGAUUCGUCGGACGCUGGUCGACGUCAACGGAGACGCAUUACGAAUGAAGACCCCCCGCCUCUCCUCGGCACAAUGCACCGGGUAGAUGACACCCCGAGUACGGACAUAUGCACGUUCGUGGACAAUGCUUAUCGGCGACACAACUGCAAACCUGGAGAGAGUGCGUUUGUCCAGUUCAGUGACACUGGCCGCGGUCGCAACAGUAACGGCAUAGUGAGGAUGGCGGUGGACACGCCUUUGUAUAUGGACCACAUCGACAAAGGUACUGCCGUCAUGGCGUAUAUUGUUGCGGGCGCAUGGUCGGACCAGUCAGUGACUCGGCACUACUGCGGUGUGUGGGCGACGGACGAGCGCGGGGACAAGGUGAAGGGCGGAGGGUGUCUGAUUGACUUCCAGACCGGCACCUUGUACCAAAUGCAGAAAGCGAAGUACACGGAGACCAGUCUCUACGAAGAAAUAGGGCAUGUAGAGCCGAAGAUGUUGCACAGCGAGUCGGCGGUGUGUGCGCGGGUGGAGGUGCGUUCGCAGGGGGUCAGCUUCCACUGGCAGGACGAGGUGAUUGCGUCGCUCGACUUGCCAGCGGUGUUCUCGCGAGGCAUCGCGUCGGCUUGCUUGUUCAGCAUCCUGGAGUUCCGGCAUCCGCGCGGGGUCAAGGUGUCUACGAGUCUUCCGCGGCCAAUGUUUUCGGACGGCGAGGUCCAGAUGCAUUGUCAAAUGGCGCCGAGUUUGGUGGAUGCGGACAUGGUGGUGCAGAGUACGGUGUGGCAAUGGACGAAGAUUACAGGACGCGAGAACGAACUGAUUCUGACUGCUCAGGGCGUGCACGAUGAUCAGAAGCACUCGCGUAAGUCUUCGGUGGACCGGCGGCCGCCCAUGCGUAAGGUGCGGGCGGCGGACGCGGACUCGAGCAUCGACCGGGAGAACUUGUUGGGGCUCGGCGAUUUUCCUGACGUGCCGAUUAUGCCGAAACCGGCGGCGGUGCCCGUGGAUCCAUACACGUCGUUGCCACUGAUAGCGCCGGCGGACGAGUUGUCGUUGCCACCGGUGCUGAAGAGGCCGCGAGGACGGCCGCGGAAGGACCAGCCUCCGCCUCCGCCGCCGUUGGACAUGAGUGAGGUGAAUAGGCAGAAGCGUCUGGUGGUUGCGAAGCAGAUCUGGAACGACAUGUUGGGCACUGGGUUCGUUGCGAUCUGCCCGCUCUGUCAGUUUACGUUGUCGAAGACGCUGAGUACGACGUGGAAUAUCGAAAAGACGGAGGCGAUGCGUCCGUUGAAUACCGAGCCGGCCAUAGAGGCUCGGCCCUCACGACGGCGAGUGGGGCGUCCUGAGCGCAAGACUUUUGGAGUUCCUGUGUAA